GCCAAAUGUAAUGUUGGUGGCUUUCAGUGCAGGCUGCCUCUCGGACUGUGAACAGUCAGGUGGAAGUGCUCGUAAAAGAAAGUUCAUUCCGUUUUAAUUGAUUUAUUUUAUAUCGGACACACUAAAGAAAGAACAAUUGUGUACCCUAUUAUUUGCAAGUAACAAUUUUGGGGUAAUUUCUCAAGAGAAAGCACUACUUCACCAUUAUUUAAUCACCCAGCUGUGGAUACUUACCGAAAAAACGUGUUUGCAAAAGUGAAAGGACAGAUGGGUGGGAGUUGAGAGAGACAGACAGACAUCCCCCUGCUCCUCCAUCUCUCCUGCCUGGACUUCUGCUCACCGCCCCCUCAGAGAUGUCGGAGGACAUGUGGGAGAACAGAACAGUCCCCAGCUCUUACCCCGACCUCCCCCUGUCUUUGCUACUAUGCAACGACACCCUCCUCAAUGACACCCUCCUCAACGACACCCUCUUCAACUGUAUCAACUCCACCAACAUUCCAGAGAUGCCAUUAGGACCCAGUGUAGCAGGGGUCCUCAUCCCACUCAUCUACAUCAUCGUCUGUGUCAUCGGCCUUGGCGGGAACAGCCUGGUCAUCCACAUUGUGCUGCACUACUCCAAGACGGAGUCUGUGACUAACAUCUACAUCCUGAACCUGGCCAUCGCUGAUGAGCUCUUCAUGCUGGGCCUGCCCUUCCUGGCUGUCCAGAACACCCUCCAGUUUUGGCCCUUUGGCUCCUUUAUGUGCCGCCUGGUCAUGACCGUGGACUCCAUCAACCAAUUCACCUCCAUCUUCUGCCUGACCGUCAUGAGCAUUGACCGCUACCUGGCAGUGGUCCAUCCCAUACGCUCCUCCAAGUGGCGGCGGCCCCAGGUCGCCAAGGUGGUCAACGGCACAGUGUGGGCCAUCUCCUUCCUGGUGGUCCUGCCUGUGGUAAUCUUCGCCAACGUCCACAAGACMGGCGGCACCUGCAAUAUCUCCUGGCCUCGGCCGGCCGACAUUUGGCGGGCGGCUUUUAUCAUCUACACGUCCACAGUGGGUUUCUUCUGCCCACUCCUCAUCAUCUGCCUCUGCUACCUGCUCAUCGUCUUCAAGAUCCGCAGCUCUGGCAAGAAGGUCCACGCCACGUCCACCAAGCGCAGGAAGUCCGAGCGCAAGGUGACGCGCAUGGUGGUGAUCGUGGUGGCCGUGUUUGUCUUCUGCUGGUUGCCCUUCUACGCCCUCAACAUUCUCAACCUGCUGGUGUCUCUGCCAUCAGAGUACCCGGGCCUCUACUACUUUGUUGUGGUAAUGGGUUACGCCAACAGCUGCGCCAACCCCAUCGUCUACGGCUUCCUGUCAGAAAACUUUAAGCGGGGCUUCCGCAAGGCCCUGUGUCGCUCCUCACGCAAGGUGGAGAGCCACGACCUGACAGAGCGCCAGCAGCAGCAGGAGGAGAGAGGUAGGGUGCUGAAGCCCCGAGAGAGCUUGAGGAGAGUCGUACGAGAUGAGGAGGAGGAAGAGGAUGAUGAUGAAGACAGGGAGGACGUCACAGAGAUGACGGAGAUCUGUAGGAUCGCCCAGAAUGGGAACGAACAUCCUGAGAGUUCCCAGGCCCUGUUAACACCCAAGGCACCAGCUCCAGGGGCAUCUGAGCAUGUGGCAUCCCCAGAAAGGAAAGCCAAAGCUGGUGACAUUGGUGGGAAAGGCCCAAGCUUGGGGCCUCCAGCAUCCCUGCAUAAUGGACACACAAAUGGGAGUGUCAAACCACUGCCAGAGGAGCCAGUGGAGAAGAACACCUCACUGGAGAUAAGCUACCUAUAAUGUAAAUUAACUGUCUCUGAAGUCAGUUACCUGAUGAAACUUGCAUUAAUAUUUUGUAGCAUUCAUGUAAUGUCUAUGGAAAAAGUGUGGCUAAAGUGUGGCUCUAUUUAAAUGUACAGCGCUAUACACAUAUAGAGAAGAGAAGCACUCUGCAAGGCCAUAGCACCUUUCAUAAUGUUUUUGCUACAUUUCUGAUCAAUGGGCUGAGAGCGUUUGAACUCUGCAUCAAGCCAAUGGAAUUUGUGUUUCAAUGACUUGAUACUGCCUGUAAAACGGUGUACAUACUAGGUUGUUUCUGAAGACAUUUGUACAAUUUCAAUCUGUGUUUAUAUGUUUUCCCACAUGAUCACUGUAUGUACAUAAUGUAUGUGCCUUUUUCCAAACUUAUCUGACAUAUCUGAUUGUAAUUGUAUUACAUUUUUACUGCACAAUGUGACAAUCAAUUAUAUAUAGAUGAAUGUAGCGUCACUUUUAUAUCCUAGUCAUUCACCUCGCUACACCUUAGCUGGAGGAACAGAGGACAGAAGGAAAAGAAAGCACCUUCUAUUCCAUGCCAACAGAAUGGUCCUACACUCUUAGAACAAGGGUUCCAAAAAGGUUCCAAAAGGGUUCUUUGGCUGUAGAUAGCACCUCUUUUUCUAAGACUGUACCACUUGUUUGUUUAGAUUGUUGAGGACUGGGGGGUGCACAAUCAGAGGAGGAAACAGGUGCCCUGAUUGGCKUAAAAUCACACGGUGGUUGUAGAUUUUGAGGGUUUAUUUUGCUUGUGUGUUGUGAGCCGUGGUUGUGUUUGUACUGCUGCUAUAUGGGGGAAGAAAAGGGCUCUGGAAAGAGUUGGCAACUUGGCAUCCGGUGACAGUGUCUCAUGUUACUGAAUAUCAAGGUGGAAUAUCUGGUGACAGUGUCUCAUGUUACUGAAUAUCAAGGUGGAAUAUCUGGUGACAGUGGUCUCAUGUUUACUGAAUAUCAAGGUGGAAUAUCUGGUGACAGUGUCUCAUGUUACUGAUAUCAAGGUGGAAUAUCUGGUGACAGUUGUCUCAUGUUACUGAAUAUCAAGGUGGAAUAAUCUGGGUGACAGUGUCUCAUGUUACUGAAUAUCAAGGUGGAAUAUCUGGUGACAGUGUCUCAUGUUACUGAAUAUCAAGGUGGAAUAUCUGGUGAGUGUUCAAUUUGCUUGAGGGCAUACCAAGGUUGCACAUAUCUGAUUGUUGUUGUGUUGUUGUUCAACACUUGACCCUCUGGUUUCUGUAACUCAGCCUAUAUAGUAUUCCAUUUGAAAGGUCAAGGAACAUCAGAGUUCCUAUACACUGAUUGUUUCUUUUAAGAAUGACUUUUUCCUUUUCUUUUGAAUGCUAUCUGGCAGCUAUGACAGGGGAGCCACAUUGGAGGCAUUGAGGUUGAACAGACAGAGGAUAUGAGAAUAUAGACAGAUAAGAUAUGAGCAUGAAUGGCUGAAAUCACGACAUUGUGGGGAUGGUAUCUACAAUAUCUGACACCUAGGUGAUUCAUAUGACUAAAUGUGUAAUACAUGUAUUUGUUUUAUCAUAGAUAUUUACUUGGAUAACAAAAGGAGCGCAGAAUGUAAAAAUAGUGGAUGUUCUCUUUAGAGGUCUAGUUCAUCAGGGGAAAAGACUACUGUAAAUCAUGCACAGACCAAGCCAUGAAAAAGAAACUGGUACUGUAGGUGCACACAGAAUAUGCAUUAUUAGACCGUUACACCAGAGUUAUCAUAAAGCCACAAACCCUCAUAAACCAAUUUGCCCAGUGGAGUGGAAGGCAUUAGGUGAAACCACACUGACCAACACAUAAAGUGCCUCAAUAUAUUGUUACACUCCACCAACAUUGUUGACUCUUGUGUCCCUUUCACUGCAUUCAAUGAUACAAAUAGCAGUGUAUUGUAGAAAGCAGUUAACUCACUUGAACAAUGCUACCUGAUCCAUGAUAAACCAAUUUCCUCUGCCACCGCCGCCGCUGCCACACUCCCACACACACACUCUCUCUCACACAGCUGCAUUAAGAGGUGUGAAAACAUCAUUAAAGGCUUAUGAAAAGUGAAUUGUUUCACUAAUGCCAUGCUUGCAGUUCUGCUGUGCAGACUUGUGACAAGCAGCAUAGUGUGAAGUGUUGUAUAAUUGCCACUUUCCUGUAAAAUAUACACUUGUUUACUCGUGCUUGAGUUGUGUACGGGAUUAUUCUACCAUAUGUGAUUUUUGUUUCCCACUUUUUGUGUGAUCUUUCCUCAGUGAAAAUCAGCGCAGUGCUUAUUGUAGAUGGAGGGGAGGCAAGCAGCUGACCACCUGAUUGGUCGACGGGUGGUAUCUUUAUGAAUCUGUGUGAUUCAUUGCCCGCUCUCUCCACCCACAGACGCCCACCUAAGUAUGAUAUGGGCACACAAAGAAGCAAACAGAAUCGCGGGUGACUCUGAUAACACUGAUAUUAUUCACUCUUUUUGGCAGUGGCUACUAUGGAAACACUAUGUAAACAGUGCCUGUAGCGCAAGGGUAAGAACACAACAGAGCCCUGAAAGUCAGAGAAUAGGCAUAGUAUUUAUCUAAUCCAGAUGUGCUAUUUGGUUUGGGAUUAAAUCUCUCAAUCCAAGGSCAACACACAUGCAUUGACAUGUUCUCAGCUAACUAUCCGUAGAGGAUCAUUCUGUGGCGUGGCCAUUGCGUUCCAAUGGGCCAUGCCAAAACACCAUCAGUGUUAUUGUGCCUCUUUUUUUGAUGAUGUCUCAAGCAUCUCAUUGUGCCAAUGCAAUCUGACAGUUUAAGCAUUGCUCAAAGAGACAACUGGYGGAUAACAAGUAGAUGGUUUGCUGAUGGUUUGUGGGAGAAGGGACUGUUCUAGCAGAUGAGGUGUGGGAGAAGGGACUGUUCUGGCAGAUGAGGUGUGGGAGAAGGGACUGUUCUAGCAGAUGAGGUUGAGGGAACGAAGGG